AUGGCUCACCUACCUAACAUUAUCAUAAAUGAUAUGGCAAACAUGCUGGUUGCACAUGGCAACAAGAGGAAGAAAGACAUGUUUUAUCCCUUUAACGGCAUGGUUGCAGAGCUGACGCAGAUCAAUAUCCAGAAGGCGUUGGAUGGGAAACUGGAGGUUUCCUUGCCUUGGCUCGACUCGGGAAAAGGCAACCCGGCCAUACAGUCUUUUGAAGUUCAUCCAGUAUUGGGAAGUGCUCAACAUUUGUGCCUAUUUGACAGAUUACACGAAAGGAAUGUGAAGAAGGAAGAAGACACACUGCAUUGUGUAAUGAACAUUAAGGAAUUGAAAGGGAAGCUUAACACACAGAAAGACGAACAGCUUCAUGCAUCAUAUAAUCACGACAGCAGAUAUUUGAAUCAAAUGAAGCCUAUUAACCAUAUCUCCCUCUUUCGCUCAAACAGCGACGUCCCCGAAACUCAUCCUCCAGACCAGCCCCACAUUUUUCUAAAAGCCUUCUGGAACUUUGCUUUGUCUUUGGAAAUUGCAUUCUUUACCUGA